AUGGAAACAUUGGAGUCAGAACUAACCUGUCCUAUUUGUCUGGAGCUUUUUGAAGACCCACUUCUGCUUCCGUGCGCUCAUAGCCUGUGUUUCAGCUGUGCCCACCGUAUAUUGGUUUCUGCAAAUUCUUCUAGUGAAAUAGUGGAACCUGUUACAGCCUUUCAGUGUCCAACUUGUAGAUAUGUCAUUUCUCUCAGUCAUCGUGGUUUGGAAGGGUUAAAACGCAACAUCACUUUACAAAACAUUAUUGACCGCUUCCAAAAGGUCUCCCUGAGUGUGCCAAGUUCUCCCAGUGACGAAAACAGAGACAAAAUCUACAAAAAUAUCCCAAUCAUGGCAACAGAGAGGAUUCCUUGCCAGUUCUGUGAGAUGGAACCACCAAGAGAUGCUGUGAAGACCUGUAUCACUUGUGAGGUGUCUUAUUGUGACCGCUGUCUACGUGCAACUCACCCUAACAAGAAGCCUUUUACCAGUCACCGCCUGGUGGAGCCAGUAUCAGAUGCACAUUUUCGAGGAUUUGUUUGUGUGGAACAUGAGAAUGAGAAGGUUAUUAUGUACUGUACUGUAGAUGAUCAGCUUAUUUGUGCCUUAUGCAAAAUAGUGGGUAGACACAGAGAUCAUCAGGUGGCUUCAUUAAGUGAUCGAUAUGAAAAACUGAAGCAAACUCUGGAAUCCAAUAUCACCAGUUUGGUCAAACACAGCGGUGAACUUGAAACCCAAAUGGCUAAACUUAUUCAAAUUUGCCAGCAGAUAGAGGUUAAUACCAGCAUGCAUGAGGCAAAGCUCAGUGAGGAAUGUGAUGAACUUAUGGACAUAAUACAAAGAAGAAAGCAAAUGAUUGCAGUGAAGAUUAAGGAAACAAAGGUAAUGAAGUUAAGGAAACUUGCUCAGCAAAUCGCAAACUGUCGACAAAGGCUUGAGCGAUCAACAGUGCUAAUUAACCAAGCUGACCAUCUCCUUAAAGAAAACGAUCAUGCAAGGUUCCUUCAAGCUGCCAAAACAGUAGUAGACAGAGUAUCCAUGGCAACAACAUCUUCUCAAGCUCUUCUCCCUGAUGUCAAUUUAAAUGAUGCCUUUGAAAACUUUGCCCUGGAUUUCUCUAGAGAGAAAAAAUUGUUGGAAGGUUUAGACUAUGUAACCGCUCCGAACCCCCCUACCAUAAGAGAAGAACUGUGUACUGCAUCUCAUGACACUAUGACAGUCCAUUGGAUGUCUGAUGAUGAAUUCAGCAUUGGUUCUUAUGAGCUACAAUAUACCAUCUAUACUGGGCAAUCCAAUUUCAUCAGUCUCUAUAGCUCCAUGGACAGCUGGAUGAUUGUGCCCAAUAUCAAGCAGAACCAUUACACUGUGCAUGGACUCCAGAGUGGUACGCGUUAUAUAUUUUUGGUCAAAGCAAUAAACCAGGCUGGAAGCAGACACAGUGAUCCGGCAAGGCUUAAAACUAACAGUCAGCCGUUUAAACUUGACCCUAAAUUUGCACAUAAAAAGCUAAAAAUAUCCAAUGAUGGAAUGCAGAUGGAAAAAGAAGAAAGUUCAUUGAAAAAGAGUCAUACACCGGAGCGCUUCAGUGGAACAGGAUGCUAUGGGGCAACUGGUAAUGUCUUUAUUGACAGUGGAUGCCAUUACUGGGAAGUAGCUGUAGGAAAUUCUACAUGGUACGCAGUAGGAAUUGCUUACAAGUCUGCUCCUAAGAAUGAAUGGAUUGGAAAGAACACCUCUUCUUGGGUUUUCUCUAGAUGUAAUAACAAUUUCCUUGUUAGGCACAAUAAUAAAGAGGUUCUCGUGGAUGUUCAUCCUCAGCUGAAACGUUUGGGUGUCCUCCUAGACUAUGACAAUAACAUACUUUCUUUCUAUGAUCCAGCUAACUCCUGUCACCUGCACACAUUUGAGAUCUCAUUUAUCCUGCCUGUUUGUCCUACGUUUACCAUAUGGAACAAGUCCCUGCUGAUUUUGUCAGGUCUCCCAGCUCCAGAUUUUAUGGACACAGUUGUGUCUCUUCAGCCAGAGAGUAUUUGUAGACCACAAGAAUCUCCAUAUGUAUCUGGACUCAAACCUUGCCAAUGAACACAACAUGGCAACCUGCCACAGGGCCCUUCAAUAGGAGUAUAAGGAUGAAGCCACACCUAUACUUUUUGUAGCACUUUUAAUUGAUUUUAACUAUUAAGCUACAGCUGGAGUCCAAAUCAGUAAACCAGUGUAUUGCAGCUGCCAUUUCACACAAAGUCUCAGUGUAGUGCUAUUUUUUCCAUCUAAAAUAAUCUCAGAUGGAAAUAGCUAAAACAGAUGAAAAAUGUGCAUAACAGAUGCUUAAAAUACAGGAUCCAUUAUUUUAGUUUUUUCUGUUCUUAUUACGGAACAACAUUAGAUAUUGGAAUAUUGGACAUCUA